AUGACCCGCUUGUCCUUCAUCUUCGCCACCCUGGCCUUUGCCAUGAUUGGCAGCGCGUCGCCCGCGCCGGAGCGUACCUUCGUCGGCGUUCCGCGUGAGGCCUCGAAGCUCGCCUUCGACACCGUCACGAAGCGCACGCUCGCGUACGACGCGCGCGGCACGUAUCUCGGUCUGGUCGAGCGCGAUCCCACCCCGCAACGUCGGGAGGGUGGCGCGUGCAGCUCGCUCAGCGCCGACGACGCUCAAAAGCUGCCCGGCUGGGACCAGCUCGAGAACAAGGCGAACGACAACUGGGGCGAUGGCUCGCGCAACAUCGUGACCAACGAUGAGGAUUUCCCUACGCAGCCGGCGCAGGUCUGCGCUGAGGAUGCUGGCGACAUCACCAUCGACGGCGACCCCAAGUGCACGACCCAAACCCAGUCGCUCGACACCGAGGUCAAGGGCACCAAUGGCACGGCGACGGUCAGCCAGACCACGGGCACCAAGUUCACUUCCGAACAGACCGUCUCCCAGGAAUCCUCCAUCGCCAUCGGCGAGACCGUUGAAGUCAAGGUCGGCAUCCCCGAGAUCGCCGACGUCACCUCGUCCACCUCCCUCUCGACCACCUUCACCAACACACUCUCCAAGUCGACCUCGUCCGAGUCGAACCAGCAGACGACGCAGACGGUCGCGAUCGCAGUGGCAAAGGACAAGUCGUGCAAGGUCAACUUCGAGGUGAAGACGUGUACGACGCAGGGCUCGGGCCAGAUCCCGUUCGUGGCGGAGGGGUGGGUCUGGUUCGAGUACGAGGAUAAGACGGAGGACCACUACAAGUGGGCUCUCAAGAUCGAGGAUAUCAUCACCAAGAAGGAGGAUCGCUCGACCUACAUGAAGUUUGACGCGCAGGUCGACAGCGAUACCCAGGGCGAGUACAAAGCGGAGUGCUAA